AAGACACGACAAGGCGUUUGCUAGCUGCCUGUCUUCCAGGGGUUGAUCUAGCUGCAAAAAAUUAUGAAAUGUUACACAGUACGGAAUCCGAUUUACUUGAAGAAAUCUAUAGAUAUGUUAUGGAUAAUCAUUCGUUAAAUACAAUAACCUUAAAGCGUUUAGAUUUUAAUGCUCUAAUUGGUUCAAAAUGUCGAAAUGAUCGCGCAGCAAAAAAACGAAAAGGGGAAUGGUUAGUAACAGGUAAUACUACGGAAAGAAGUGCAAAAAGUGCUACUGCGAAAGAAUAA